CUCGGUAGGGGGGACUGCACUGAACGCACCCCAAACGUCUUGUAGUAAACGCGUUUGUGGUAUUUUGUGAAUUUUUUUUCUUCAUUUGUUUACAGUUUACAUCAAUUUGUAUUUCUGUCUGGAGGACUAUUGGACUAUCGAACUUAAAUAUGGUUUCUGAGGCUAAUGAAGUCGAAGUUGUGGUGUGUCGCGCAUGCAUAGGCGAGUGCGUGGAGUACAAAUCGUUGCACAAGCAAGGCAUAUUUAUGGGCGAAGUGCGGACGUUGGCGUCCAUGUUGAGUUUCAUCACUAAUUUGGAGUUCCCGAAUUAUGAGGCUGAAAGCUUUCCUUCACAUAUCUGUACGCGAUGUAUACGAAAUCUGGCCAAAUCAUACGCGUUCAAGAAAAUGGUAUUGGAGGCUGAUGAAGUGCUGCGGAGGCAGUACACUGAACUUGAUUGUGAGGUUGGCAUGGCCGACACCGGUGGAGGCAGUGUUAUUGAAACCAUUGAAACCGAAUCUGCGGACUCUGUUGUGGAAAUGCAACAACACGAAGCUGACGAGGAGACCGAAGUAAUUGAUGGCGAUCAAUUGCAUGAAUUGGCUACGGCUGCACAAUUCAAAAGUUCUGUGGAAAAUAUGGAAUACGUUGCUUAUACAGUUCUAGAGGGUUUCAUGGACGGUGAGGAGGCAACGAUUUCAGAAGUUCAAUCACAAACUAACUUAGAUGAAGAGCAGAACUGUGAGGGGGAAGAAGUAGUGGUGCACGAAGUUGCGGAAUCCGAAGAAGUUUAUCAAUAUCAAACAGACAGUGAGGAUGACGGUAGAGACAAAGGAUAUGAGGAGAUAUAUGAGGUAAAAAUAGAAGAUAUUGCACAAGCCGACUGCUCUAUGUCAGAGACCACUGAAUGUGAACAAAUAAAUGAAAAUUUUAAAAGAUCAAGAAAAGCAGAUGACCAGGAAAGUUUUUGGGAUAGUAGUGGUGAUGUAAAAGUUAAACCACCACCGAAAAUACGAAAAAAGAACAAUCAACCAAAACCACCAAACCCCGAUCUGCAAUGCAAGGUAUGCGGGAAACAACUGAGUAAUCAAAACUCAUUUAAGUAUCAUAUGCAGUUGCAUUCUGACGCAACACCUUAUUUGUGCAGUCUGUGCGGUGAAGGUUUUAAGACCCGUAAUGCAUACGAAGGACACAUAGUCAUUCAUGAUCCAAACAAUCCCAAUACAUGUGAUCUGUGCGGUAAAUCUUACCGUCAGUCAUCCUCCUUACGAACACACAUGCUGUCACAUACCGGUGAACGACCGUUCCAGUGUGAUAUCUGCGGGAAGUCCAUGACACAGAAAUCCGGGUACAAAAAACACAUGUUGGUCCACACCGGUGAGAAACCACAUGCGUGCGAUGUAUGUGGGCGUGAAUUUCGAUAUUCGAGCAAUCUGAUUGCACACAAGCGGUGCCACUCGGGCGAGCGCCCAUACGAAUGUCCCCAUUGCAAACGCGGCUUCCCAACCUCUGAACAAAUGAAGAGGCAUUCACUAGUACACAGUGGCGAGCGUCCAUUCCAGUGUGAAAUCUGCAAUAAACGUUUUAAGCGACGCUCAUCAUUAAUGUCUCACCGACAUACACAUGAUUCUGAACCCGAAUUAAUUGUUGACCAUAAAGUAUGUAAAUCCAAUGUGGUGGAGUUGUAUUGAAUUGUUUCAUAUAAAAUGCAUCCUUUCUAAUAAAAAUUUCUACAGUAAGGAAUCAUUUGGUACUUUGCGGAAAACACUGUUAAAGAUCUUGUAGCACAGUUGUGCGUACAUAAAUAUAUGUACAAAAUUUAAAUAGUACCUAAAUAAAAAAUAAUACAAACAGAGCGAAUAAUUUAUUUAAAUGAAAAUAAUUCAACUAUUUACCACAUUAACUAAGAAAAGCUAUUGUGUAAUGUAAAUCCAAAUCCAAAUUUAUAUUUCCAAUUUUCUUUAUGAUUGUAAAAAGAGCAGCGAUUACCAAAAUUUCAAAAACUAAUAUACUAAAUUUGUAUGCACAACGAGAGAGUUCAAUUAGAACUUAAAAGCUAUUAAGUUGGGCAAGGAACUUGAUUUAAUUCUUAACUUAGAUAUUUUACAAUUAAAUUAUUGAAUAAUUCUAAAUCAAAUUAUUCCUGGCUAAUAAACGUUGUUGUUUAUACUUACAUGUGACAUAACAAGGGAACUCAUAGCAACUUCUUCAACAAUUGUGCAAAGAUUGGUGCCUUUGAUUUUAUAGUAAACAACGGAACCAGCUUUGCAAACUUUGGCUAUAGAAUGAGAUAUUUUUUUUUAUUUUUUGAAUAGUUUAUUUUUAAAAUGAAAUAGUUUGCAGUAAUAAUAUAUUUAAAUCGUUUACAUUAGAUUGGGGAAACAUUUUAAACUAUGUUGUGUCUGUAUGAUUAAAUAUAUGUACAUAUAUAAUUAUGUAUAUGCAUGUACAUAUAUAUACACAGUAUGUAGGUAUAAUUUCUGUACAUUUCAUUCUUAAUAUAUUCGUAGUCUAGGUUA